AUGCAAACUUCAAGACAUGUUAAAACGUCAUUUUUCAUUCGGGACAUUUUGGAUGGCUCUACAAGUCACUUUCACGCAUGCAGCGGUCAGAUGUCCAGUAGCAAUGUCACCGAGUCAACAAACAAGGGUCCACCAUCGAGUUCGAAUACCAGCAUUUCUUAUCUAACCAACAAGAUCCAACCUUAUCAAGCUUCUGGUGUGAAUUUUUCUGGCUUUCUUAAUUCGGAUUGGCUUCCUAGUUUGAAUAAGUCCUUCCACGGCCAGAUUGAUCAUCUAGAGACUCCCACCUAUUGCUGUUUAGACGGUCAGUGUUUGUUAGAGUCUUCUUCUGAAAACACAUCGCCAUUUCUAGUACCGACUGUCUUACCUUCAAUGAGUUCCUACUUACAUACAUUCUCUCAUCCAAGCAGUCAUAUACCAUGGUCUCACGAGCCAACAGAAGCGACUGGUGUUUCUUGGGCACAAGAUAUUGGUUCCAUUGAUCACAACGGAAGUUCCUUGAGACUGACAUCAGGAGUCCUCCGAAUACCUUGUGGUACACUGCCUGUACAACACCCUCUUACUGAGAUGCGGGAAACUGAGAAGCUAGAAGAUAAUGCUGGAUCGAUGAUUACCGCUUCCAUAAGUAGGAAGGUCCGCAGAAACCGAACAGUAUUCACAGAAGUCCAACUGAUGGGACUGGAGAGACGGUUUGACCGACAGAAGUACCUGUCAACUCCGGACAGAGCUGAGCUGGCCCGUUCCCUAGGGCUGACCCAGCUUCAAGUGAAGACAUGGUAUCAGAAUCGACGGAUGAAAUGGAAAAAGCAGGUAAUGCAAGGGGGAUGUGUUAUUCCACCAACGAAACCCAAAGGCAGACCGAAAAAGAACUCCAUUCCAUCUUACGGAAUAUAUCAAGGAUCAGAGCAGUAUGAACUAUCAACAGCAGCUUCCCUCUUACGCUCUGAUAAAGAAUCAGAUAUCUCUGUAGUUUGA